AUGGUCUUCGGUAGACGAGUCGACACAGUUGUUACCAGCUACACCCAGGACGACCUCCCACCCUUCACAGCAACGCCCGAAGCCGAGAUCCCAGUCCUUCACGAUCGCGUCAUCCACAAAUUCAACACCCACACCACUCGACUCCUCGCCUACCGCGUCAAACAGCUCCGCCAGCUAUACUGGGGCAUAAAAGAUGCCGAGCCCCUCCUCACCUCAGCCCUGCAACUCGACCUAGGCAAGAGCGCCUUCGAGACAUACAUCUCCGAAGUAGGCUGGUGUCUAAACGACAUCCUCUUCAUGCUCAAGAAUGUCGAGAAAUGGAUGAGAGAUGAAUCGGCUCCGGACCAAUCUCUCACGAAUAAGCUGAUGAGACCUAUGAUACGGAAGGAUCCUCUCGGAGCAGUCUUGAUUAUCGGAACUUGGAAUUUCCCUAUCAAUCUCACUCUGGGACCACUGAUUGGUGCUAUCGCAGCAGGCUGUACAGCUGUCGUCAAGCCGUCAGAGGUGUCGACCAAUUGUUCAAGGGUGAUGCAAUACAUCAUCGAGAACAGCCUGGACCCAGAGGCUUACCAAGUCGUGCAAGGCGGGAUCCCGGAGACAACAGCAGCAUUGAAGCUGAAAUGGGACAAAAUCUUCUACACCGGCAACGCGGCCGUGGCCAAGAUCAUCUCCAAGGCUGCUGCUGAGCACCUUACCCCUGUCACCCUUGAGCUGGGUGGCAAGAAUCCCGCCAUCGUAUCCAAGAACGCCGACACGCGCCUCGCAGCCCGCCGCCUUCUCUGGGCCAAACUCUUCAACGCAGGCCAGAUCUGCAUUUCGCAUAACUACACUAUGGUUGACAAGGAGGUAUUGCCGGCGUUCAUCCACCACCUCGGCGAAGCUCUGCAGGAGUUCCAGCCGAAGGGAGCGAAAGGUAAUGCAGAUUACAGCCGGAUGGUCAGCUCGAAACAAUUCCAGCGCGUGAAAGCUAUGCUAGAUAACACGCGCGGCAAUAUUCUCUUCGGCGGCAACACGGAUGAAAAGGAACUCUUCAUUGAGCCAACAGUCAUCCAGGUCGAUAGCCCGCAAGACUCGUUGCUUGUGGAUGAGUCCUUUGGCCCUCUGAUACCUAUUUUACCUGUUGAGAAUCUGGACGAGGCGAUCAGGCUCGCGAACGAGAUCCAUGCGACGCCAUUGGCGCUGUACACCUUCGGCACAAAAGCGGAGAACGCGCGCGUCCUCUCUCAAACCCGCUCAGGGGGCGCAAGUAUGAACGACUCCCUCUUCCACGCUUCCCUCCCUACCCUCGCCUUCGGUGGCGUAGGGGAUAGUGGGAGUGGCGCUUAUAGAGGUAAAGCGAGUUUCGAUACGUUCACGCAUUGCCGCAGUGUUACGACGACGCCGGGGUGGAUGGAGGGCAUGUUGAGUGUGAGGUAUCCGCCCUACACUGAUAAGAAGUUGAAGCAGAUGAAGGGGAUGCAGGAUUUGGUGCCGGACUUUGAUCGGGAGGGGAAUGCGAAGAAUGGUGGGAUGGUGUGGUGGGUUUUUGGUCUGGGGAGUAAGGGGUGGAGUGGUGCUGGGCUGAGAUGGGCGGUGUUGAUGGGGGUGGUGGCGGUUCUAGUUAGGGUUAGGAUGAGUAGAUUGUGA